ACUCAACAGGAAGCUGUCUUUAUGAACUUCUACAAGCGUACUGAUCAAACAGUUAAUUGAUUCCAAGUCCGAAAAUAAGUAAGUGACCAACCAGAAACGCUGCAUUCACCUUGAAAAAAUGGAACACGUACCUCUUUAUUACGACAAAAUAUACCAAAAUGAGAAAUGCCCUUCCCAGUCUCUAAAGAGCUCAAAACCAAGCAACAUCUCAGUAUCUGGUUCAAUGGGGUAAGGAGGGAAAAUAAAGAAAAACGUGAAGGUUUCAUAUCAAACAUUUUAAACUGAAUGGUGUAGUUGAAAAAUGAGUUUUUAUUUUAAUUCCUUUUUUCUCUUUUAAAUCCAAAUUGCUCUUUACUCCAGUCCAGUUGGUGGCAGUAAUGCAACAUAAACUGGUUUACAACCGCCACUAGAGGGCUUAGAGAAGAAUAACGACCUACCACCAGGUAACGCGAGUUCGAUUCCCGGUUGAUCAACUUUAACACAUCAAGACAACUGAGAUAUUUCGUUUUCUGACAGAGAAUUAAGAUAGGUAUUUUAUUAUGGCCGCACAUCGUGGCCAAACCAACCAACAUCAAGGACAUUCUGCGGUAAGGCUAAGUAACUUUGUAGCGCUAACUUUCAAUAAACCGUGUUGGCUUGCUCAAAUUGGGAUAUUAAUAUAUUAGCCGGUUAAAACUUUUUUAAAAGUACAAUAACAUUUUUUAUCGAAAAAUUCAUGAAUAAAAACUGCAGUGGCAGCCCAUUUUACCCACACGGUUGUAAUAGGACGCUCACACCAUGCGCGAGUAAAAUAUGCUAAUGCUAUGCUAAUUUCAAGGGUAACCCUUGCCAAUUCAACCGGCGGGUUCAAGUGAUAGACAAAGGUUUUAUACAAUUUCCAGGUAGUCCGACCCUCUCACUCACUUGCCUUCAAGCUAGCGCCUCUUCAUUUCAGUUUCGGUAAUUAAAUGAAAAUGUAUCAUAUAAUUCGGGUCACCCACACACCGACACGAUCAGUUUGUCCUCCAUUUUAGAUACCAGUGAACAACUGUCCGUUUUCAUACGUCACCAGGUGUUGUGCCGUAGAAUGCAUCCCAUCCACUCAUUACCUUCUUAAAGUGGAAGAAACAUGAUCUCAUUUUUAAAAAAAAAAAUACACUGAGUAUUGGAUCAUGACAACAUGUAUGACAACAUGUUAAAUGGAGCAGCAAACUUUCGUUUCGUUUUUAUGUCUGUCAAAAAUGCACACAUAGAGGUGUACUUGGGUAUAUAAACUGUACAGUAAGCUGUCAAGGUUGAGAACAUUAUAUUUUAGGGACAGCAGAUAUUCCAAAUCAGAGAGCUGUUGUUUUCGGUUUAUCUGAAUAGUCUAUCUGAAAAUCAUUUAGGCACACACUUUUGAAUCCAUCCAAUGGCAAGGACAGCUUGGAUUAUUUCGCCUUGUUAUGUACUUUCAACUGCGCUCUCGUCAGGGGAUGCACUCUACGAUAGGGGUGCAUUCUACGGCAGAACACCGGCAACCUUCGUGCGGAUUGUUUAUCGUGUAGCGAAUAUCCGCUCAAAUUGAGACAUUUUCAGCUCACGCCCUAUUCGCGUCAUUCGCGCCACCAGAGUAGUAGGGGCGCCCCCUGCCAUUACAUUGUUCUUCGUUUUGUGUUUUAUUGUAAUUCCUGACAUGUCAAUAAAGUCUGAGAGGAAAAAAAAAGUAGCAGGAGUGUCUAAUAGUCGCGUCUUUGCAUUGACUUCACAUGUACAUUCAUUUGCGCAAAUGCAUUUACUUGCGCUUGGUCUUAUGUGUGAAGCUCAUGUUCUUAAAAUUAUUGCUGUAACAGGUCUUCGUUUUACCAUAUUUCAGGAGCAGAUCAGAAAACUGCAGUAUGCGAUCCAAGAAAAGACUCAAGAACUGGAGGAGGUCAGACAGAAGAGAUGUUUUGCGGACAAAGAGAUAAUUCAAUGGUACUAUGUUUAAGCAGCGGUUUGGUUUAUCUGUUUUCCCCAGCCAUUCCCUGCCUGUGACCUCACGUGACUGCUUAUUGACAAUCAGUGUAUAGUUUUAUUUGACCAAAGUCACUUUUACUGUUACAUUUGACCUAUUUUUUCAGAAGGUCAAACUGUUCUGAUAUUUGCUUAUCUUUUUAUUAUCAAUCAGUAUUUUUUUGCUUGACAUGUCUUUUUUUUCUCUAUUGUACCUGACUACCUUUUGGCAAUGACUUCUUGAGCUAUUGUUUACAUCCACAUUUCUUACCAAUACAAGCCUAAACAUUAUUUGGUGUGUUUACAUCAAAACUCUUCUACUAAAACGCUACUAUUGCCUUUCACUGUGUGCACUUUGAGGUCUGUUUUCUUAGAUGUAAAGCACAUCAUAAAUAAAAUGUAUAAUUAUUAUUAUUCAUAUUUUCUCAAAAGUAUUUUUCUCUCUUUCAGUGUCAGAGAAACUGAGCAAAGGGUGGAAUUGAUGAUGAAAAAUAAUGCCGUCGUUGAUGUCUUGCAGCAGCUGGGUCAUUUGCUGCUCGAAGAAAGGCAACUUCAUGAGAAACUGAGUGGUCAGGAGUCUACAGAAAGGUACAGGAUUGUGCUAAAUACUGAGAGUGAAAAUAGCCUUGCACACAAAAAACUUUGCCCUUUUUUAUCAUGUUUUCAUUUUCAUGAAUCAAAGGAAUGAUUUACAAGAGAGGAGUGAAUGCCUGACAAACAAAGCAAAAAGCCUUGCUGCUGAAAUCCUGGAGGUAAAGAAGCAUUUGGCAGAGGCAAAAGCUCGUAAUAUGUCAGGUAAGAAAUGUUUUGGGGCUUCUCCAAAUUGAUAAUUUAUGUUUGAAAUAUACUUGUUUGUAAUCAAGGGCUUUCUCUUUAAACAGCACAAGCUUUGAUUGCUGCACCUGCCAGAAAAUCUAAAAGAACUCAACACAAACAAAAGUGAAUCCAAAACUCUGCAGAUCCUUUUGAAGAGAACAGAACAUUUUGCUUGUAUUUAAACUUAUGUAUGAUGUUUUUAAUGUGCAUUGUUUAUUCUAGUACAUCAAAUAAAUUUUUUAAUUUUUCUUGAC